AGAUUUAUUGAUUUGGACGCAGGAGGAGAUUAGGUAAAAACAGCAGUUUGAGACCAACUCCCUGAGCAAACCACAGCUCAGCAUUUACCAGGGAGCCUGUGGCGGUCUGCAGGGAGCCUGUCCCCAUCCUGGCUGGUGCCAGGGCCCUGUCCCUGCCCAGAAAGGUUGCCGGGGGAGUGCUGAGCACGGCCACGCUGGCUGUGGGCCCUGGCCCAGCCCAUCGCUCGCUCCUCUACGAUGCUUUACCUGCUGCAUUGCUCCAUGCCGACAGCUGCAAGCUGGCUGGGAGAGGCUGUGCCGGCUGGGCUGUGAGCAAGUGCCAUGUGUUGCUUCAGUCCCUGGUGCGUUCCCAGCCCCGGAGGCUGCGGGCGGCUCACCCAGCCCCCCCAGCUGGUGCUGAGCUCUGGAGUGGGGCAUCGCUGUGGGCUGAGGCAGGCUACGGCAGCAGGGCACCAAACCUGGGCUGCCCCUGCCCCUGCGAGCAGCGAUGCGGCCGGAGCGGGGAGCGGGCAGCGUGCCACCCGUGCCCCUGCUCGGUAUGCAGCAGAGCACCUCCCUGGCACGUCCCUGCAGCGAGCUGGGAGGGCACGGGGGCUGCCACGGUCCCCCGGGGGUCGGGGUAGCCCUGCUUGCCUCUCCGCGGCACGCCGGCGACGCGACGCGACGGGACGGCGGCUCCUGACCCCGAGCGGUGACCUUCCCCCCCUCCGGCGAGGUCUGGCGAGGACCGACCCCGCUUUGGCAGGGAGAUGGGGCGAACGGAUGCGGGGAGGUGGGCUUCGACCCAACUUGCGUUUCGCUUCCCCCGGGCACGGCGGGGCUUUACUGGGGAAGGGGCGGGGGGCUGGCUGGCCAUGCUGGCGGCCAUGCGGCCAGGGCGGCGGGCUGGCCACAGCCCUCAUUCCUUCGCUGCUGGGUACCGCUUUGUUGCUAGCUGGUGACAUCACCCGAGAGCCCACCCCCUGCCUCUUAUCCGUCUCUCCUUCUCGCUCAUUUAUUCACAGGCAGCGCUGGCAGGAUCAGGGGCUGUGCGAGAGCCGGAGCUGGCGGCAGCAGCAUGCGUGCGGCGUCUGAGGUUCAGGGUGCGAGAACCACGUAAGGUGCCCGCCAGAGCCUCCCCCCCUCACCUACCUCCGCUUCCCCCGGCAGAAACUUCACAGCUCCCUCGCGCGCGGUCCGGGCUUCUCCGGGGGGGGGCUUGGCACCGACAGCCGCAUGCAUGACACUCCGAAAAGGAGAGAAAAUGACCAUAAGUAUCCAGGAACACAUGGCUAUUGACGUCUGCCCCGGCCCCAUCAAACCCAUCAAGCAGAUCUCCGACUACUUCCCCCGCUUCCCCCGCGGGCUCCCCGCCACCGUCGGCCGCAGCGGCACCCUGCGCUCCGCCGUCAGCCAGCCCUCCGUCAGCCCCGCCGAGGCCCCCCGUGAAGAGGACGAGGACGUGGACCAGCUUUUCGGGGCGUAUGGCACGACGCCCGCCGAGCAGCCGGCCAAGUGCCAAGCGCCUGAGGAAGCGGUGGACCCCGAGGGCUACGAGUCCGACGACUGCACCACGCUGGGGACACUGGAUUUCAGCUUGCUCUAUGAUCAAGAAAACAACGCUCUCCACUGCACGAUCAAUAAAGCCAAGCUGCCAAAACUUGACUACAAAAAGGGCCUGAAACCAAUGGACCAUAAUGGUUUGGCCGAUCCAUACGUCAAGUUGCACUUGCUUCCCGGAGCCAGUAAGGCGAAUAAGCUGAGAACCAAAACGCUGCGCAACACGCUGAACCCCACCUGGAAUGAGACACUCACCUACUACGGCAUCACCGACGAGGACAUGAUCCGCAAGACCCUGCGGAUCUCGGUCUGCGACGAGGACAAGUUCCGCCACAACGAGUUCAUUGGGGAGACGCGGAUCCCGCUGAAGAAACUGAAGCCCAACCAGACCAAAAACUUCAAUAUCUGCCUGGAGAAGCAGCUGCCGAUAGAUAAAACAGAGGAUAAAUCGCUGGAGGAGCGCGGCCGGAUCCUCAUCUCCCUCAAGUACAGCUCGCAGAAGCAGGCGUUGCUGGUGGGCAUCAUCCGCUGCGCCCACCUGGCCGCCAUGGACGCCAACGGCUACUCGGACCCCUACGUCAAAACUUACUUGAAGCCAGAUGAGGACAAGAAAUCAAAGCAUAAGACGGCGGUGAAGAAGAAGACGCUGAACCCCGAGUUCAAUGAGGAGUUUUGCUAUGAGAUAAAGCAUGGUGACCUGGCGAAAAAGACCUUGGAAGUCACAGUGUGGGACUAUGAUAUCGGGAAAUCAAACGAUUUCAUAGGUGGAGUCGUGUUAGGAAUUAACGCCAAAGGCGAGCGGCUGAAGCACUGGUUCGACUGCCUGAAAAACAAGGACAAGAAAAUCGAGCGCUGGCACACGCUAACGAACGAGCUGCCGGGGGCUGUCCUCAGCGACUGAGCGCCGCGGGGCCGCUCCCCGGGCGGGCACAGCUCUGCCGGCCACAGCCUUUGGACUUCUCUCGUUUACGGCUUUGGAUACGGGGGAUCGUGGUACCGGGGCGGCCGGGAGAGCGGGACAGCCCGUGCCACGGCCUGGCUGCAGGGAAACCCUUCCCAGGGAACAAGGCAGCGGCGGUUUGCUCUGCUCAGCGGGUCCCGUCCCCCAAGGCUUUUCCAAAAUGCCUCUUCGCACCCCGACACACUCUCACACACACUCACGAGCGUGCACAUGCAUGCGCACACACGCACGUGUGCACACGCACACGGACACCACACGCCUGCAUGCACUGCAGUUCUGACUCCUAACUCUUUGCUAUACUGAAUUACCUUCUCGCUGCCUUGCAAUUCAGUGGCAAAAAUGAAUGCAUCAGUCUCCGUUCGUGUAUCUAAUAUGAGCAAAAGGCGUCACUAAAACCCGGAACUAUUUUCUCGAGGCAAUUGUGCCAUAUUUCUGGUGGUUUGUCAGUCUCUGUGGUUUGGGCCUAAACAGUCUUUUAUGCAUUUAAAGCUCCUCUGUUUGGAAUGAUUGUGUCCCCUGAUAACCUAGGAAGACUGUUUGCUUUUCUUCCAGAAAUGUUGUGCUCGUCCUCUCCAGUAACCCGUGUAAAGUUAGCCAGCAAGCUGAAAGCGCUGUGCAGACCACGGCUUCCCUCUCGCGGUCCCCGGGAUCGGGCGGCUUCACGUUUGCAGAAGUGGGGGGCAAAAUAAAAAGCUCAGCAAAGCCACCGGCCGUUCCUGCUUCCCAGGACCGGCAGCGAAGUCUCGCGCUGCCCGCCCAGCAGCUGUUCUCCUAAUGAAAACCACGCCUUCCCGCCCGGAGCCACACAGCCAGGCUUCAGCAUGGCUAUUUUUCCAGCAAAGCCAGCUUCCAGGCUAAAUUUUUCUAUCACUUUUCCCUUAUUCAUCCUUUUCCAAUUCAUGCCAUUACCUAAAACCCAACCGAGGCGCUUUACGCUGCGAGCUGGUGGCGUGCAGCAAGCUGAGCCAUGGGACCGAGCCGGCAUCGUGUUUGCAGAGAUGCUCAGCUCCGGCACGGCCAUCAGGUUGGUCCAUUUUCUGCCUCGGACAGCGUCCAAACCAAAUUUCUGUGUCCGGCGCGGUAAUAAUAUGAUGAUAUGAUAAUAAUAAUAAUCCCAGCUCUCAUCCUCUGUGACCCACCCUGGCCAGUCUCUGCAUCCUCAUCCCACGGGGUGCCGGCUCUUGUGCAAACAUGAU